CAAAAACAUAGUCUAGGUCACCUACACGUUUGUCAAGGCAGUGUUCUACAAGUGGUGAGUCAAACGGCUUGCGUGACCUAGGCUAAGCAAAAACAAAGAUGACUAGUUUGACAGUCUGCAAUAGCAUAGACCCAGGAAAACCAGAGAGAUUAAAGAUUAAUGCCGUAAAUUUGAAAGGUUCUGUGCAAAAUCUGAAAGAUGGAAUUUCAAAGACGAUAAAUAAAUCUGUUUCCGAAUUUGAGGUAAUUUACUGUGGGCAGUGUUUAGAUGAGCAGAAGCCUCUUGAGACUUACGGAUUAAAGAAUGGAGUCAUCCUGUACUUGGUUAAAAAACAUCACAAAGAACCAAGAAAAUCACCAGAAAAGAUGUCUGACAUGGCCAUGAGUCAGUUGGCAGUGACUUUACAGUCUGCAUUAUUAAGCCCUUCAUGUAAACACACUAUUGAAAAAAUGUUGAAUAGCCCAGAAGCAUUGGAGCGUUUGAUUUCUGCCACACCAGGGUUGGAGGGUGACCCUGUAGCUAUAUCCAUGUUGCAAGAUCAAGAACUCCUGACAAUACUCGCUCACCCAGAAAAUAUAAAACAGGUGGUGGACAAACACCCAGCUUUUGGAUAUGCUGCAAUGACUGUGUGUCAGAUGGUGAAUGAAGAAGGCUCUGGUAGAGACUCGGAUAGAAUUACUACAGGUUCUUUCUACUUAGAUCAAAUGUCUGAUGAUGAAGAUGACUCAAUAGCCAGUAGACCUGGUCCAAGUUCCGGUGGAAUCACAGCAUCACAGUUGGCUGCAGCUUUAGCAUCAGCCACAGGUUCUACACAAGGGGGAGCCACUAGUCAACCUUUGCAGAAUAUUUUACCAGGUGCAAUAACAGCAGAUUUCUUCCAGCAAGCCAUUAGACAAGCUCAGGUGUCCACUGACCAGGGCCAGUUAUUACAGACACAGCUACAACAGCUGAGAGACAUGGGCAUCACGGACGAGGCUUUAGCCAGGCGAGCUCUACAAGCCACAGGCGGGGACCUCCAAGCAGCUCUAGACAUGCUAUUUGGGGAUGGACAAUUCUAAUAUCAGUGAUCUGACUGUUCCAUAAGAAAUGUGGAAUGAAGACAAUGUCUAUAUGUGCUGUAGAAGAUAAAUAUACUAUUUAUCUAAUAUGUGUUUAAUAAAAUGGUUUGUAUACAAA